AUGCGUGUGCGCUCAGUUCGAGGGAGCUUCGGGAGAUUCGGCGAGUCUUUUCGUGCUUGGCGACCCCAAUCGGCAUGUCGAUAUGUCAACGGAAUCAACGUGACUGGUGCAUGCUUCAUCCAUGCCUCUGCGGAGACAUUGAUGCGUAAGGAAGGCUUCAUCCGUGUCUCCUGCUUCGGCUUGCAGCCGGUGCCAACGAUCCGGUGCCAGGCCGCUCGUCAACUAGGAAAGCUAUCUCUGGGCGAAGGAAUUGAAAGGUGCGUCAGCAGUCAGGAGUACUUUUUGUGCGGGCAGGGAGGGUUUGCGCUUGGGCACAAGGCGCACGUGGGCAACGUCUUGGUCCGGAACGGUCCCCUCAUGGUGCAGAGGGGAAAUGUCAAAAUCCAAAAAGACUGGGCGCUGAAGGAAGGGCUCGAGGGCUACAUCCAUUUGAGAUGUUCGCUUGGAGUUCUCAGUGCCGACGCUGCAAGCUGCCGUUCCACGCCACAAGGUGCGCGGACCGCUUAUCGCUUGCUGAACGCAGACUUCCUUCCAGGAACCUGGAGAGUGUUCGAAGCUGAUUUCUACGACAACGCAGAUUGCCAAGGAGGCCGCUGGACGGGUGAGCUUUACGGGUCCUCCGAGGAGGCAGAGUCUGGACGAACAGUUGCUUUGGCUUUCGAUGGAAAUCGUACAUCGUAUUGGAGUUCAUGGUGUCCGCGGGGCUGUGCACCGAACACCGCAUGGGUCGCCGUGGCCUUGCCGGAGCCGAGAACUCUGCGGUGCCUGUCGCUGCAGCAGAGCCAGGUGUCUUGCUGCAGAGCUCUUCGCGUCCACCUCCAGGUUUGGGAUGGCCAAGGCUGGCAGUUCGAACACACCUGGGAGGUGCCCAGCGAAGGAAGGCUACUAGGAUAUGACCUGGUGGUGCCCAGCUCCUGUACUGGCGGGCUGGAUGCUGGUGCCGGUAUCCAGCACGACUGCGAUGGUGCCCCGGUUAUCGGCCUCAAGGAAGGUGACACCUGCAAGGCCUCCUGUGCACCAGGAUUUGUGGGCGGCGAAGCUGAGUUUGUCUGCCAAGGCGAUGGCACACUGCAGGGUGCCGCUCCGACAUGUGUGGAUGUGCAGCAGUACACGCAGUUCUCGAUCUAUGCCCUGGCUGCAUUGACGGUGCUCGGGCUUGGGUGCAUAUACAGCUGUGUGUGCAUGGUGGGCAAGGGCCGCCUCACCUACGAUGUCGGAGACCUGCCCAAGAGCUUCCAAGGCCGCUGGCUGGAGUCUAAGGGCAUGACGUCGUGGGAUCUGAUGUUUGCAGAGCAGCGAGCACGGAGUAAAGCAGAGGCGGUGAAGAUGUAUGCCAUGCCGACAGGUGCCGCUGCUGGAGAUCAGGUCACCGACCGCCGUGGCCGAGCGCCGGCACCGGAAACCAUGGAAGGCACCGGAGGCUCUGCUGCGAAGCGGCGCCGGCAAUCCGGUCAGAAGCAGGGCGUGGAUGGGGCCUGCUCACCCUGCGAAGAUCCGGAUCUAUGUGUGGCCUACAUGCUCUGUCCAUUGUGCCGGCAGGCGGAUACUUGGCACACCUUGGGAGUCCCAGAGUGGCAAACCUACUGGAAGGUGCUCGCUGCCUACAUUCUUUGCCCUUGGUGCUGGCCUUGCCUGAACUUCUACGGCAGAUAUCGCAUCCGCCAGGCAUUCAAAAUCAACCUGGAGCCGCACCGCGACUUCGUGAUGCACUGCUGCUGCUGCUGUUGUUGCACAGCUUGUGCGCACUUGCAGGAGGCGCGACUGGUGGAUGCCCCGAUGCUUUACUUCCACUGCAAGCACAAGCUGGCAGACUUCCACCUUCGCGAGGUGCAAGCGCAAGCAGAGCAGGAAGCCGAAGCGGCUGUCUGA